CUUUCUUCUGUGAACUGAUUCCAGAUCAUGAAGAGCGAAGUGCUGAGAGUGACCCACGAGCUUCAGGCCAUGAAAGAUAAGAUCAAAGAGAACAGUGAGAAGAUCAAAGUGAACAAAACUCUGCCGUACCUUGUCUCAAAUGUUAUUGAGCUAUUGGAUGUUGACCCCAACGACCAGGAGGAGGAUGGAGCAAAUAUUGACCUGGAUUCCCAGAGAAAGGGCAAGUGUGCUGUUAUCAAGACCUCUACACGCCAGACGUAUUUCCUGCCUGUUAUCGGGUUGGUUGAUGCUGAGAAGUUGAAGCCUGGAGAUCUAGUGGGUGUGAACAAGGACUCUUACUUGAUUUUGGAGACUCUGCCUACUGAAUAUGAUUCACGGGUGAAGGCCAUGGAAGUGGAUGAGAGACCCACAGAGCAGUACAGCGACAUCGGGGGGCUUGAUAAACAAAUCCAAGAGCUCGUGGAGGCCAUCGUCCUGCCAAUGAAUCAUAAGGAGAAAUUUGAAAACUUGGGUAUACAGCCUCCCAAAGGAGUCCUUAUGUACGGGCCUCCAGGAACAGGGAAGACGCUUCUAGCUCGAGCAUGUGCUGCCCAGACCAAGGCUACAUUCCUGAAACUUGCAGGGCCACAACUUGUGCAGAUGUUCAUCGGUGAUGGAGCCAAGCUGGUACGAGAUGCUUUUGCUCUAGCCAAGGAAAAAGCUCCUUCCAUUAUCUUUAUUGAUGAACUGGAUGCCAUUGGCACUAAAAGGUUUGAUAGUGAAAAGGCUGGUGAUCGGGAAGUGCAGAGGACCAUGCUGGAGCUGCUUAAUCAGCUUGAUGGUUUCCAGCCCAAUACACAAGUCAAGGUGAUUGCUGCAACCAACCGCGUUGAUAUCUUGGACCCAGCUUUGCUCCGCUCUGGACGAUUAGAUCGCAAGAUUGAGUUCCCAAUGCCUAAUGAGGAGGCCAGAGCCAGAAUUAUGCAGAUCCAUUCACGCAAAAUGAAUGUCAGUCCUGAUGUAAACUACGAGGAACUGGCUCGUUGCACAGAUGAUUUCAACGGAGCCCAGUGCAAGGCUGUAUGCGUUGAAGCGGGGAUGAUUGCCCUCCGCCGUGGAGCUACAGAGCUCACCCAUGAGGAUUACAUGGAAGGAAUCCUAGAGGUUCAAGCAAAGAAAAAAGCCAAUCUGCAGUACUAUGCCUGAUCUCUGCGCAGCCAAGGCAGUGGCCAUGGCAGAGGACAGGACUAGUCUGGACUGUACCACUUACUUUCUGUCUGGAAAAAAUAAAGCAUUUUUUUCCUCUAAAA